AUGGAGCGAAAUAUCGAUGUCUAUGCCAACAAAUUGGCCGACGAGAGGCUCGAUGUGAAGGUGCGAGCGAAUGUCGCGACCGAACUUCGCGACAACAUUGAACCUCUUUGCUCCGGCACAAACUACCCCACAUUUCUAUCCAAACUAUGGCCGGUCUUCAAAACGAUUCUGAGUGGAGACCCGGUCUUCUUCAGCAUGUCACACGAACAGAAACUUCGCAACUGUAUCCUAGAAACUCUACACCGGUUACCGACUGCCUCCCCCGAUGUCGAAUUGUACGCUGCCGAUAUAGUUGACUUGUUGAUGGACCUCGCACGAAUUGAGAACGAAGACAAUGCGGUAUUGUGUAUGAAGACGAUAAUGGACCUGGAACGCAACCAACCGAAGGCCACCUCAGCACGUGUGCAGCCUUUCCUGGAGCUUAUACAAGAAAUGUUCCAGACAAUGGAACAGGUAGUUCGGGAUACCUUCGACACUCCUAAUCAAGCAACGCCUUCCGGAAUGCCCUCAACACCAAACGCACCUCCUCAGAAUUUCCAGUCACCUCGACCAAGUUCACCCGCUACCUCUGUGUCAGACCUGGGCCCUGAGCAGCAAUCCAGCAAUGUCAUCUUGAAGGGCAUGCAGUCAUUCAAGGUUCUUGCGGAAUGCCCAAUCAUCGUUGUUUCGAUCUUCCAGACCCAUCGGAAUUCAGUACCAGCAAAUGUCAAGCUCUUUGUACCUCUCAUCAAGACAAUCCUGCUGUUACAAGCGAAGCCUCAAGAGAAAGCCCACGCGGAUGCUGCUGCUCAAGGCACCAUCUUUACUGGCGUCUGCAAAGAGAUUAAGAAUCGGGCCGCUUUUGGAGAAUUCAUUACUGCUCAAGUGAAGACGAUGAGCUUUCUUGCUUACCUGCUUCGCCUUUACGCACACCAGCUCCAAGACUUCUUACCAACAUUACCAUCAGUUGUUGUGCGCCUGCUUCAGGAUUGUCCUCGAGAGAAGUCUGGUGCUCGCAAAGAGCUCCUGGUUGCAAUUCGUCAUAUCAUCAACUUCAACUACCGCAAGAUUUUCCUCGAAAAGAUUGAUGAGCUUCUUGAUGAGCGAACCUUGAUCGGAGAUGGCCUCACUGUUUAUGAAACUAUGAGACCUCUAGCGUACAGCAUGUUGGCAGACCUCAUCCACCACGUACGAGACCACCUUAGUCGUGAUCAGAUUCGCCGAACUGUUGAAGUUUACACCAAAAAUCUUCAUGAUGACUUCCCCGGCACGAGCUUUCAAACAAUGAGCGCUAAGCUUCUACUCAACAUGGCGGAGAAGAUUUCCAAAUUGGAAGAUAAACAGGAAGCUCGCUACUUUCUCAUCAUGAUCCUGGAUGCCAUUGGUGACAAGUUUGCUUCUAUGAAUCAUCAAUUCAACAAUGCUGUGAAAGUUUCCAAGGCUUACAAGGAAUCUCGCAAGGAUACCGAACCUUCCCCAGAAAAUUAUCUUGCUGAGAAGGAUCAACCUCCGGACUGGGAUGAUAUCGAUAUCUUCUCUGCGUCUCCAAUUAAGACUUCUAGCCCGCGCGAUCGGGGCGGCGAUCCUGUCUCAGAUAACAUCUUCCUUUUCAGGAAUCUGAUCAACGGGUUGAAGAACAUUUUCCACCAAUUGAAAAAUUGUAACCCAGAUGAUGUUCAGAUCGACCCCAACAUUGUUCCUAUCAAUUGGCCUGAGGUCUCAUUUGGAUAUAAUGCCGAGGAAGUUCGUGUGAUCAAGAAGCUCUUCCAUGAAGGUGCUCGGGUCUUCCGGUACUACGGCGUCGAUCAACUUCCGGUAGAGAUGAACCACGCAUCCCCAUUCGAAUUUCUUGCUAGCCAAUACACAGCACCCAUGGGGCGCGAAGAAAAAGAGCUAUUAGAAAGCUUUGGAACCGUUUUCCAUUGCAUUGAUACAGCAACAUUCCAUGAAGUCUUUCACUCGGAGAUUCCGUACCUUCACGAACUCAUGUUUGAGCAUGGUUCACUUCUUCACCUCCCCCAGUUCUUUCUUGCUAGUGAAGCUACUUCGCCAGCGUUCUCUGGCAUGGUGUUGCAAUAUUUGAUGGAACGCAUUGAUGAGGUUGGCACGUCAGAUAUGACCAAGGCCAAGAUCCUGCUGAGAAUGUUCAAACUCUCGUUCAUGGCAGUGACAUUAUUCUCUGUACAAAACGAGCAGGUUCUCCAUCCACAUGUCACAAAGAUUGUCACCAAGUGCAUUGAGCUAUCAGUCAAUGCCGAGGAACCUAUGAAUUACUUCCUUCUUCUGCGAUCUCUUUUCCGCAGCAUCGGCGGCGGCCGGUUUGAGCUCCUGUACAAAGAGAUCCUUCCCCUUUUGGAGAUGCUUCUGGAAACAUUUAACAACUUGCUGAGUGCUGCUCGUAAGCCACAAGAGCGGGAUCUCUACGUUGAGCUUACCCUUACCGUCCCAGCACGGUUGAGUCAUUUGCUUCCUCACUUGAGCUAUCUCAUGCGCCCAAUUGUGGUGGCAUUGCGUGCCGACUCUGAUCUUGUUGGACAGGGCUUGCGCACUCUGGAACUUUGCGUGGAUAACCUGACAGCUGAUUAUCUUGACCCAAUCAUGGCCCCCAUUAUGGAUGAAUUGAUGACAGCUCUUUGGGAUCAUCUCCGACCUCACCCAUACAACCAUUUCCAUGCACACACUACCAUGCGGAUCCUCGGAAAGUUGGGUGGCCGGAAUCGCAAGUUUCUCAACCAUCCACCAGAGCUGUCAUUCCAGCAAUACUCCGAUGAUAACCCAAGCUUUGAUAUCCGACUCAUUGGCCCAAGUGAAAAGCGGCCAUUCCCCGUGGAUAUCGGUAUUGACCUCGCCGUUGGGAAGCUAAUGGAAGCUCCAAAGACAGAUUCUGCUAAGACUUCAGACAUUUAUUACAAGCAGCAAGCUUUCCGUAUGCUGAGCUCUCAUCUGAAGCUGCAGAUCGGUUAUGAGAACCUUCCUGAUGAUCUAGCAUCUCUGAUUCGCCUACACGCCAAUGAUCUCUUCGAGAGCAAAGUCAGUGCCAUGGGUGAUAUACUAGAGAAAUCUGAGCGCUCGGCAUCUAUCCCCAAGAAGGUGGCGCAAGAAGCCACUGUGAAGAAGCUGUUGAAGGCCUGCAUUCAUGCCACCACCAUUCCCGAACUCGAGCCUACCGCAACUACUUUUGUGGCCGAUGUUUGCAAGCACUUCACUAUUGUCGAGGUUGGCCGCGCUCUUUCUCAAGCUCGCCACGGCCGCAAGGCAUUUGAUGUAUCGAAUGGAGAAGGCCCUGUUUACUUGGACUCACGAGUCCUGGCUGAAGCCAUCGUCGAAACUCUUUCUUCUGACGACGUGCAUGUUCGCGAAUCUGCUGAGCAAGCUAUGCAAGUAGUGAAGGAAGCCGCUGGUGUUAUAUUCGGUUCUUCUGAGAAAGCAUCAAAGCUUCCAUUCUUCCAACAUCUUGGUCGUGUGUUCUGCCACAGCUGCUAUAGCGAGGAGUGGUUUACUAAGGCCGGUGGUAGCCUGGGAAUCAAACUUCUUGCCACGAAGAUGGACCUUGGAGAGUCUUGGCUUUAUGAACGCCAUGUCGACUUUUCGCGCGCUCUUUUGCAUGUGAUCAAAGAUACACCAUCAGAUCUUCCUGCGUCUACUCGGGUCCAAUCCCAGGAAACGAUUACUUUGAUCCUGCAACGGUGCGGAAAAACUAUACCCAAGGAUGACAUCAAGAACGAGAAGAGCCGCCUGUAUGCCCUUUGCGGGUUCUUCGUUUAUGAGCUUGGCCAUAUGAACAAGUAUGUUCGCGAGACUUCUCGUCGCUGCUUUGCUACGCUGAAAGAAGAAUUGGGCUGCGAGGUCCACGAGCUCAUCUUUCCGGUUAAGGAUCGCUUACUACAGCCGAUAUUCAACAAGCCUUUGCGUGCCUUGCCAUUCGCGACCCAGAUUGGCUUCAUCGACGCCAUCACAUAUUGCUUGAGCUUGCACAACGACAUCGUCACUUUCAACGAGCCACUUAAUCGCCUAAUGCUGGAAUCCCUUGCGCUUGCAGAUGCGGAUGAUGAGUCCCUCGCUUCCAAGCCGAACGAAUUCAAGAACGCAGAUAUGAUUGUCAAUCUGCGUGUUGCUUGUCUGCGACUUCUUUCCAUGGCGAUGAACUUCCAAGAGUUCGCCAACACCCCGCAGAAUACUAGUCGGGCUCGGAUUAUCUCCGUCUUCUUCAAAUCCCUGUACUCCCGCUCUCCUGAAGUCAUCGAAGCUGCAAAUGCUGGUCUCAAGGACGUUCUCACUCAGACAAAUAAGCUUCCAAAAGACUUGCUCCAAAAUGGAUUACGUCCUAUCCUUAUGAACUUGCAAGAUCCCAAGCGUCUCAGCGUUGCUGGCCUAGAUGGUCUGGCUCGCCUCUUGACCUUGUUGACAAAUUACUUCAAGGUUGAGAUCGGUGCUCGUCUUUUGGAUCACAUGAAGGUCAUUGCGGAUGAUACCAUGCUUCAAAAAGUUUCCUUUAGCCUUGUGGAGCAAAAUCCUGCUUUGAAGAUUGUGGCCGCUAUCUUUAAUAUCUUCCAUCUCCUCCCUCCCGCCGCCACUUCCUUCAUGGAUCACCUUGUCAAUAAGGUUUUGGAUCUUGAGAAGAAGUUGCGAAGGACAUCGCAUAGUCCUUUCCGAAAGCCCCUCGUCAAGUAUCUAAAUCGUUACCCUACAGAGAGCUUGGCAUUCUUCUUUGCUCGAUUCAAAGAUGAACGAUACGGUCGUUUCUUUGGGCAGAUUUUGGCUGACCCCGAGAGCGGCGCGUUACGCAAUGCGAUUGUCUCUGACACAGAGAACUUCCUCACUACUGCAUUUGGACAAGAAGGAACCGAAGCCAAAAACACUGCCGCCAUUAAUGGUAUUUAUGUUGCUCACUCUAUCUCUUCAUAUGCAUCAACCAAGAAAUGGCUUGUCUCACAUGCAGACCUGCGAGCAAAACUUAUAACCUCUGGACGAGAACUGGAAAGGAAACUUCGUGGUGACAGUCUUCCGCCCGAUGAGCGUCUCAGAGUGGAGCAGGCUGAGGAUCAGUUGAUGGACAUUUUCACUACGUACUUGACAGAGGCCUCACAUGACCUUGACUUUUUGUUUGAAGUCAUUGAUGGAUUGUCUGCAGACGAGCUCAAGCGAACUCUGGCUCUUCCAAGAUUCAUUUACAAACAAAUCAUUACAAAUGAGUCCAUCGAUUACCGUCGCUCUGUCAUCAUGCGCUGCCUUGAGCUCUACGGACAACGGGCCUGUUCACAACGGACCAAAACAUAUGCGUUCCGUAAUUUAGUGAACCCAAUCUUGGCUAUGGAUGUUCAAACCACAUGGAGCAGCCCACCCAAUACUCCUAGACUGAUGGACAAGAGUAUGACUGAAUCUAUUCAAAGUCGUCUGUGGAAGCCUCAGCUAGCAGAUCUCAGCGAAGAGUCCAGCCAGGCUGGAGUCGACCAUUCCAGGAUGGAGUUGCUUCAGCUUUCAGCUCUGUUGAUCAAAUAUCACUCGCAAACAGUACAAGACUCUCGCAAAGAUAUCAUUAAGUUUGCUUGGAACUACAUUCGUCUUGAGGACAUCAUCAAUAAGUAUGGCGCUUAUGUCCUCAUCAGCUACUUCAUCGCCCACUACGAGACGCCUUUCAAGAUUGUCAUCCAGGUUUAUGUUGCCUUGCUGAGAGCCCAUCAAAACGAGGGCCGUGCCCUUGUCACUCAGGCGCUUGAUGUCUUGGCCCCUGUUCUUCCAAACCGAACUGCCGGAAAUCAAGGUGCCGAAGCUCGCUAUCCUUUGUGGGCUAAGUGGCCUCGUCGCAUUUUAGCCGAGGAAACUGCCAAUUUGCAGCAAGUGAUGAGCAUCUUCCAGUUCUUGGUUCGACAACCUGAUCUGUUUUACGAGUCGCGCGAGCAUUUUGUACCUCUCAUCGUUCCCUCUCUCAUCAAGAUUGCUGGCCCACCAAACGCAUCUAAUGACAGCAAGAAGCUUGCACUUAACCUUAUUGGGUUGGUUUGGCAUUGGGAGGAGAAGCGUGCACGAGCGGCAGAUAGCAACAGUGUGCCCAAUGGGUUGACAGACUCCCCCAAUACCAAGAAACGCAAGUUGGAUGAAGCUCAAGAAACACCAUCACCCGCCUUAGCACCUCCCCCAAGCCGAGGUGGAUCCGACUACACAGUGCCUGCUGAGCUUCGCGCUGCUCUGAUCAAAUACCUGAUCACCUUCAUCACGACUAUCUCUGAGCGUUUCUUAGUUCCCGCUGCGCAGAUUCGGUUAUCCCCGUCGGCCAAGCAGGCCCCAGCAGUGCCUACUGGUGAGAUGAUUAACAAGGCAAUCAACCUUCUCAGGAAGCUCCUCUCGCCAGAGUACUGGGGUGACCUUGAUAUUGAUCUGUAUCAGAAGGUUACAGAACCAAUUCUUGCCGGAGAGAAAUCUGAUAAACCAGAUGAGAAAUUGGUCACACCCAUGGUUAACGCCCUUCAAGUACUGCGUGUUCUCAUUGCAGCCAAACCAAAUGAAUGGAUUUCAGCUCGUCUCUCAACAAUUCAAAAGUUACUCGAGAAGCCAUUGAAAUGUGACAACGCCGAAAUUCAAGACUGUCUUCACGGCUUGGAGGACGAGAUGGAGAUUUCACCCAAGCUGCCGCCACCGGUUCGUCGUGUGCUUGAAGCCAUUCCAGAUGAAGCCCCCGAUGAAGAAGAUGCAAUGGAGACCGAAAGCACUGCAUCUGAGUUUGCCACAUUCUUGUCUGCUGUUGCAACAGAAACAUUGUCCGCCAACAAUUAUGUCUCAAGCCUGAAUACCCUAUGGACACUUUCCAAACAUAAGCCUGCCGAAAUAGAUACCCAUAUUCCGGCUGUUAUGAAGGCUUUCUCCCAAAAAUUGGCGAAAGAGCAUGUUGCGGCAUCAACUCAGCAGAAUGGUGCGCAGGCUCAGAGUGGCGCUGCCAACAAGCCCGCUGAAGCUGUUCCGGACCAACAAGAGGUCGAGAUUGGUGUUGAUCUCAUUUUCAAGACGAUUGAACUGAUCUCCGUACGGAUGUCUCACCUUGGCGACCAACGGCGCCCGUUUUUGAGCGUGUUGGCCUCUAUUGUGGAAAGAUCACAGAACCCCAAGUUAUGUACCAAGGUUCUAGAGAUGGCAGAAUCAUGGAUAUUCCACUCAACCGAGUCAUGGCCUACGUUGAAAGAGAAGACGGCUGUCUUGCAUAAGAUGCUGCUCUUUGAGUCGCGAACGGAUCAGACAAUGCUCAAGAAGUUCCUCGACCUUGUGAUCCGGAUCUACGAAGAUUCAAAGAUCACCCGCACAGAGCUGACUGUUCGGUUAGAGCAUGCUUUCCUGAUCGGUACCAGAGCGCAAGAUGUUGAGAUGCGCAACCGGUUCAUGAACAUCUUCGAUCGUAGCUUGACACGUCUGGCUAGCUCCCGUUUGAGCUAUGUGCUCACAUGUCAAAACUGGGACACUCUCGCCGACUCUUUCUGGCUGGCUCAGGCCUCACACCUUGUCCUUGGGUGCGUUGAUAUGAACACCACCGCUCGUCUACACCAAGAUGACUUCACCUUAUAUCCUCUGAGCUUCCUUUUCGCCGCAGGUGAGAAGGACCCGCGGAAGUCAGAUGUUAUGGUUGACAAUCAAUUGGAAACUUUCGUUGCUGAACGCAGGCGCUUCAUGUCAGAAGUUGGCGAUGUGAAGGUUCGUGAUUUGAUGGAACCAUUGUUGCAGCUUCAGCAUACCGACUCGAAUGUCUCUUAUAAAUUGUGGACUACCAUCUUCCCCAUCUUCUGGUCAACAUUAUCCAAAGAUGAUCGCAUUGAUCUUGAGAAGGGCAUGGUCACCCUGCUCACCAGAGAGUACCACCAGAGACAACUUGACAAGCGCCCCAAUGUCGUUCAAGCUCUGCUGGAGGGUGUUGUUCGUGCUCGGCCCCGGUUCAAGGUUCCUCCACAUGUCAUGAAGUACCUCAGUCGUACCUACGAUGCUUGGUACACUGCCGCUACGUACUUGGAAGAGAGUGCUGUCAACCCAAUAAUCGACACUUCUACAGUUCGUGAGAGUAACCUUGAUGCCCUGGUCGAAGUCUAUGCUGGGCUUCAAGAAGAUGACUUCUUCUACGGUACAUGGCGACGUCGUUGCAAGUUUGUUGAAACCAACGCGGCACUGUCCUAUGAACAGCAGGGCAUGUGGGACAAAUCUCAACAGCUCUAUGAAAAUGCUCAAAUCAAAGCACGUUCGGGAGCUAUGCCAUUCUCUCAAGGUGAAUAUUUCGUUUGGGAAGACCAUUGGUUGAUCUGCGCUCAGAAGCUCCAACAAUGGGAGAUCCUGAGUGACUUCGCCAAGCAUGAGAACUUGAACGAUCUUCUGCUUGAGUCUGCCUGGAGGAAUAUCGAGAACUGGCAGAGCGAAGGCAACCGUGAGCAGUUGGAGUCUUUGAUCAAGUCCGUUUCUGAUGCUCCUACGCCACGACGCACCUUCUUCCAAGCUUUCAUGGCACUUCUGCAAUACCACACCAAGAAGGAGAACAUGCAAGACUUCAACAGUGUCUGCGACGAGUCCAUCCAGCUGUCUAUUCGCAAAUGGCUUCAAUUGCCGAAGCGGAUCACCAAUGCUCACAUCCCCAUCCUGCAACAUUUCCAGUUGCUGGUUGAACUGCACGAUGCUAGCCAUAUCUGCGGCAGCUUGGCCCAGACCAACGAACGGAACCUCGAUACGAAGUCUGCUGAGUUGAAGCUUCUCCUGGGAACCUGGCGGGACCGGUUACCUAACCUGUGGGAUGACAUUAAUACUUGGCAAGACCUGGUGACAUGGCGACAGCAUAUCUUCCAGCUUAUCAACGGUACUUAUUUGAGCCUGCUGCCACCCCAGACAAACAAUGUGGCCAGCAACUCCUAUGCUUACCGCGGAUACCAUGAAACCGCCUGGAUCAUCAAUCGCUUUGCCCAUGUUGCUCGCAAGCACCAGAUGCCGGAAGUCUGCAUUAAUCAGUUGAGUCGCAUUUACACGCUGCCCAACAUUGAAAUUCAAGAAGCUUUCCUGAAGUUGCGUGAACAAGCCAAAUGCCAUUACCAGAACCCGAAGGAGCUCAAUAGUGGAUUGGAUGUUAUCAACAAUACCAAUCUUAACUACUUCGGACCCCAGCAAAAGGCUGAAUUUUACACCUUGAAGGGCAUGUUCCUUGCCAAACUCGAUCAGACUAAUGAAGCCAACGAAGCUUUUGGUGUUGCUCUCUACUAUGAUCUUCGUCUUGCAAAGGCAUGGUCUGAGUGGGGUCAAUACAGUGACCAGCGCUUCAAGGCUGCUCCCGCAAACUAUGAGCUGGCUAGCAAUGCUGUUAGCUGUUACCUGGAAGCAGCCGGUCUGUACAAGAGUGCCAAAUCACGCAAACUGCUCAGUCGCAUCCUUUGGCUCCUCAGCUUGGACAAUGAUGAAGGUCAGAUUGCUAAUGCAUUUGAAAACUUCAAGGGAGAUACGCCAGUCUGGUAUUGGAUCACCUUCAUUCCCCAGCUUCUCACCAGCUUGUCUCACCGUGAGGCGCGUUUGUGCAAGGCUGUUCUGGUCAAGAUCGCCAAGCUGUACCCACAAGCUCUCUUCUUCUUGCUUCGAACCAAUCGGGAGGACAUGUUGAGCAUCAAGAAGCAACAUGACCAAAAGCAGGAGAAGUUAAACCGUGCUAGACAACAGCAGCAACAGUCAUCCUCGCCAAGCCAAAAGCCCAACGGGGAAGCGUCCCCUGCUCAGAAACCUCCAACUAGUGUACCUGCUCCCAGUGCUUCUCCAGCGAACCAAGCUGCCAACUUGCCAACAGCUCAAUCGCCUGCACAGAAUCAAUCCGCCCAGCAGUCGCCCGCGCAACCUCAAAACCAGGUGCAAGCUUCUCCCAGUCAAGCUCAAACCCCUAUCCCUGGUCAAGCUCUACCCCAAGGUGCGCCAGGUCACUUGCAAGUUCCGGGACAAGCUGGAACGCCGCAGCAACAACCUGCACAGCCACCACAACAGAACCAAGGUGCCUCCGCCGGUGAGAACGAGAAGGAGCCUCUCAAGAAACCAUGGGAGUACUCGGAUGAGAUCAUGUCUGGUCUCAAGACUGCCUUCCCGCUUCUUGCUUUGUCUAUGGAAACAAUGGUUGAUCAGAUUCACAAGAAUUUCAAGUGCCCGCCAGACGAGGAUGCUUAUCGACUUAUUGUCGCUUUGCUCAACGAUGGAUUGGCCUAUGUUGGACGCAUGCCUGGAUCAUACGCGCAGGAUUUCAAGCUGCCUUCUGCGACAGAAGCAAACAUCACCCGCUUCGCGGAGACCAUUCUUCCUGCUCAUAUUCGCAAGUCGUUCGAAGCUGACUUUGUCACCAAGAAGCCGACAAUGUACGAGUACAUCCAGAAGUUGCGUCGUUGGCGUGACAAGUUCGAAGAAAAGUUGGAUCGUCGUCCCCAGUCCGGAAAUCUUGAGAACUACUCGCCCCACCUCAGCGAGUUCCGAUUCCUCAAGUUUGACGAAGUUGAGGUGCCAGGACAGUACCUUCUCCACAAGGAUAAGAACCAGGACUUUGUUCGUAUCGAUCGUUUCUUGCCUGAUGUCGACUUGGUUCGGGGUAUUGGCGUUUGUCAUCGUCGUCUCAAGAUUCGUGGACACGACGGUAGCAUUCAAGCAUUUGCCGUUCAGCACCCUGCUGCACGUCACUGCCGUCGCGAGGAACGCAUUCUCCAAUUGUUCCGCAUCUUCAACGGUCUGUUGGCGAAGCGCAAGGAGAGUCGACGUCGCAAUCUCUACUUCCACCUCCCCCUGAUGGUUCCGCUGGCGCCACAUAUCCGCUUGGUUCGUGAUGACUCUUCAUACAUCUCGAUGCAAGGCAUCUAUGAGGAUUACUGCAGACGUGUUGGCAUCAACAAGGACGAGCCGGUGUUAUUCACCAUGGACCGAAUGCGUUCUCUGGCAGAGACAAAGCAGAAUCGCUCUCCCGAUCAACAGCAAGUGCUUCGCACCGAGAUCCUGACAGCGGUUCAAGAUAAAUGGGUUCCCAGCACUGUAGUCUUGGAGUACUUCCAACAGACAUACCCCAACUUCGCAGAUUUCUGGCUAUUCCGAAGACAAUUUGCCUACCAAUACGCGGCAGUCGCUUUCAUGACCUACGUGAUGCACAUUGGCAACCGUUACCCUAACAAGAUCCUCAUUUCCCGCUCAACAGGCGACAUCUGGGGUGCAGAGUUGAUUCCCACCAUUAACCCCGCCAAGGCAAUCUUCUACAACCCAGAGCAAGUGCCAUUCCGAUUCACACCAAACAUCCAGACACUACUGGGUCCAAUCGCCACCGAGGGUCUCUUUGCCUGUGCCAUGAUGGCCAUUUCUCGCUGUUUGACCGAACCGCGCCACGAGCUAGAGCAACAACUCAGCAUCUUUGUACGCGAUGAGAUGAUGUUCUGGGCUACUGCCCAACAUCGUGGUUCCUUGCCUGUGCCUCAGCUCCGCGAGCUAGUCAACAACAACAGUGAUAUCAUCGUCAAUCGCGCUGUUAGCCUUGCUAGCCCACCUGAGGGUAACCUGCCUGCCAAUCAAACCACGAUCGAUCUGAUCUCCAAGGCAGUGAACCCUCAGCAUCUGUCGUCGUGCGAUGCGUUGUGGAUGCCUUAUCUCUAA